GUAGCGCGACGGAUAGACGACCAUCGAUUUCGACUUCGAUCCCCGGAUUCCCUCUCGUGCCGUUCUCCAUAUGGAACACCCCGAGUUCCCCUUGGAGCGGGCUCACCCGUCGCUGGACUCUCGCGAGGAUGCCGUGAAGUUUUGGUGAAGUUUCCCCUUUCAUUCGGUGUUAUAGCGAAGCGCCAUCCGUGAAUAUAUACACUUCGGUUACGCGGACAUGUCGCCGUUUCUUCUUCUGUGCUCGGCAACGCGUUGAGGAACCAAAAAUGAAGUUUGAGUGCGUCGUGAAGUCUCGGUGAAGGGAGUCGACUUUGAGGGAAGUGCAGACAAGACGGAUUACUGUGGAUUCGAAAGGUGUCAGGAAGAAUCUUACUGUUGCGGAAUUUUUUAAUAAUAUAUUGUCCGAGCGGGGAAGAAAUGUCGAGUGAAAGCGGUUGAGGUAGAGGCAUCGUCGUGUUGAAAGUGCCACUGGGUAUGACGGACACUUCCACGUUUGGAGCUUGUGCCGCUGAUGCUGAACACCUCGUAAACGUGCGCAAAAGUGGACAGCUUUCAACUAUAUCGCUGACAUCUGAUUAGCCAUAGCCCCUUUUCGGCGAAAGAACUACAGUUAUCCACAUUUGGUGCUAUUAGUUCAGAAACUUCUGGCUCUACCAUAUCUCGUCACAACGCGGAGACAGGAAAUCUUGUUUGCGGUGACAAUAUCGAAGCAUAUAGUCUGGCAAGAUUACGCAAGUGCCCGGCUGUGGACAAGAAGAUUACCUAGUGGGGCUCGUGAAAGCUUGCUCCAUCUUGGGCGUUCCUAUUCGUUGUUAAGCUCUUUGCGUAACUCCAGUCAAUGAAAUAUGAGAGCGGCUUCGAAACCUCAUAUUGCUGCGGUCUGCAAGAAGAAGGACUAGAACAACAUUGGCAGGAAAGCGCUCGCAAUUUUCCUGUGGGUGCCACAGCAUAGAAGACAAAUUGUCCGGCCAACGCUGAAAUAGCACCAGGCUACGGAAAUAUCACUGCGCUAGAGGCCGUUUAUCAUACUACUCUGAACGUGUCUGGAUACCACGUGGACAAAGCCAUUUGAUAAAGUACGCCAGAGGAAAGUGUCACCGCACGUGGCAGUACACCGCAAAAACCCUGGCAGGCUGUCGCCUUAGCACCGUAACAGACUAGACGUUUCUGCCCCAUAUACCUUGAGCUCAAACCCCACGACUCUGGAAGACAAAGCGAGGAAUUACUUCCCCAAUCCUUCGGCAAGAUUCCGACUCUGCAUAUACCACAUAUCAGCAGCACUUUUCUGCGGCUACUUUUUAGCGCGCCUUUUUCCCCUCUCUCGUAUAUCUCGAGACCAAUAUUUUAUUACCCUUCAUACCGUCAUCUUCGUACCUCUAUAUUACCCAAACGAGUGAUCGCCCAUUAAAUAUCGCAGCCACCGCACCUCUUCGGCUCCAUCUACACGUAGCUGGACUUCGUGCCUCCUUUCCCCCCAGUGCCAUCCGUCCCUCGUGUGAUACCCACUUUAGCGUAGACCUCUUUCCACCAAGGAACACACCCGUGAUAUCCCCGUGGCAUCCACUUCGGAGACCCACGUUCAGGGGUCCUACCCGGGAGCUGCGCAUCCCGCCACGACGGUGUCGACGGCGAGCGAUACUACCCAGUGGCAGCCCCAGGCGGCUGCCGGCGGUGGUGGAUUAGUCGGAACCAUAGAUUCGAACGGGACCUCGACGGACAAAGAGGGGAUUCCCAGGGCUGGUUUGGACAAGUGGUGGUCCGACGCCUGGCUCAAGGCCGGAGCUCCGCAGUUGGUUGAGGUGGGGGCCCUCGAAGGGCCCCCAACUUUGGCGGGUGCACCUCCGCCACCGCCUCUUGUGGUGAGCCCCCCCGGUAGACUGCCGGGAGAGCUGCCGCCCUGCGUCCUGGUGCUGGGAUCUCCCAGGCUUCCGCCAAGGUUUUCGCACAUGGUCCAGCCCCAAAUGGCGUCGUCGUACCCGCAGUACGCGACCCAAAAUGGCGCCGAACGGGCCGACGGCAAGGACACCUCCUUCACGGUGCCCCUUGUCACAACCAAUGGGGUGGAGCAGCAGACGAUCGUGAAACAGAAACUGGCUGACGCCAGCGCUGCCAUGCGCAUGCGCAUUGCUUACCUCGACCAACCAGCCACUCUCGAAGCCAGGGACCUCAACGCAUCUGCCGACAAACAGACAGAUUUAGAACCAGACGGCAAUGCAGUGGCCACGUCGGCUGCAGGCGUGGUCCUUCCCGGGGGAACGGUGGCCACGACAGCUGUCGUGGGCCAGCCAGGUGGAGUUGUUGCAGACGCAGCCAAAGUGGGACAGCCAAAACGCCUCCACGUCUCCAAUAUUCCCUUCAGGUUUCGGGAUCCAGACCUCAGGCAACUCUUCGGGCAAUUCGGUGCCAUCUUGGACGUGGAAAUAAUCUUCAACGAGCGCGGCUCCAAGGGUUUCGGUUUUGUAACGUUUGCGACCAACGCGGAUGCAGACCGGGCACGGGAGCAGCUGAACGGCACAGUGGUUGAAGGAAGAAAGAUUGAGUUUCAGCAUGGAAAAAUAGUGAACAAUGCGACUGCCAGGGUUCAGACGAAGAAGACUCCGACAAUCCCCAAUGGCCACUCCCUUUCAGAAACCCAGCCGGCUGAUCACGUGCGCCACCUAGCGUUGGCGGCCUUGCGGGGCGUUGCGAUUCAGAGGGGCCGGGCGCGGGGCGCGGCUGCUGCUGCCGCCCCUUUCGCCACCGCCUUUGCAAGACACCCCUCGCCACUAACCGCGGCCGCGGCUGCCACGGCCCUGCAUGGUUACACUCCGGUGUAUCAGGACCCCUUCUUAGCGUACGCAGGGGCUGAAAGGUACCAGUUACCGGCAACAUAUGCAGCAAGCGCAGCCUACACGGCAGCAGCGGCACGAAGCUACGCAGCCGCAGCAGCCGCGGCACAACCGGCAGCAGUGGCGUCCUACACGGCGGUCGCAGGAUCUCCUUCACUGUACUACAGUUACGGACGCGAGUACGCAGAUCCUUACUUGGGACACAGCAUCGGACCCGUGGCAGGUUACGGAGCUGCAGUCUACCGGAGCGGCUACAAUCGCUUCACGCCGUACUGAGGCAUUCUCGGCAUCCACUUUUGUACCACAGCCCCCUCUCUUACCACUGGGAGAAGACUGCCGCUACUCUGACGAUUUGCAGCUGACUGGGGACCCGAACCUCCAGCAUUUUUUUUUUUUUUUUUCCUGAGUUUUCUUCUCCAGCUGCGUCCCGCCCCAAAGCCCCACAUUGCCGCCCCGUUCCCAAAGAAACACCGGCGGCCACCUGUGUCAUCAUUUUUUAUUUAAUGGCUUUUAGUCGUUGUCUCAGCAUUUCCCCCUCUGGUCCCGUUCCGAGCCCACCACCAUCCUCCUCAUCCCCUUAGCCAUUCAUUUCCCAGAAAAUCUGUGUGUUCUUAGUAGAGCCGACUUUCUACCUCCUCUCCCGAUGUCGUCGUGGGCUCCGAAUCGUUCACGUCCCCCCUCCCCCCCUUUUUAUUUCUGAGUCGUGCAGUCCGAGCGUGCGUGCGCACUGUCACGUUAUCGAAGACAAAAUACUCUUAAAUCAAACGCACAUUUGUACAUAAUUUAUUGCACACGCUCCGAAGCUCAAGUUGUGGCUCUCUCCCUCUCUCUCCCUCUUCACUCGUGGACCUCCUUGGUUUCUUUUUUUUUAUAUAUAUAUAUAUAUAUUUUCGUUGUAGUUGUCACUCGUUUUGUAUGUCGCUUUAUCUCAUUGCGGGUUGCCGCCACUCCUCAUCACCCAUUGUGUCUAGUCAGAGCUGGGCUUACAUAUUCGCUUUGCCUCGAGGUGAAAACAAAAGUAAUCCCUCGCAGUAACUCGUUUUUAUCGAAUAGGGUUCUGACAAAAUUUUGAGCAGUUCUUUUCCCGGCGGAUCGACAGCGGACACCGUCGGCUCUCGUGGUCGUGGAAUUAGCGUAGAUUUUUGUCAAGCGUCUGCCUGGCACGAAGGAGUUGUGUACAUAGGACUUUUUUUUUCUCUCUCUCUCUCUCUCUCUCUGUUCUUGCAUCUGGUAUAAAGAUGCCAGCCAUGAAGUUUGAUAAGCGAUCGUUACCUCUCUCUCAUCGUCUGGCAUGGUGGGGUUUCCUAGGGGAGUCGCUCCCAUGGUCUGUGCGUGUGUCGUCCUGACUUGAGUCAUGUGCAACAUUUUUUCUUCUUCUUCUUUCUGUCUCGCGAGAGUCUCACACCACCUGCAGGUUUCCUCCCUUUGAACUCGUGGGGGGGCGCGGCGUCUCGCGGGAACCUCGGAGGCGAAGGAAGGAAAUGUGGCGUGUUCCUCGCGUCUUCCUCGGCAAAAGAGAGAACGAGUCAUAAUAUGGAGGUACGUGGGACACGAGGCACACGAUAAACAAAAAAAGGGAGAAGCGGUGAACUCCCGAAUUAGAAAGGAAAAAAAAAAGAGCGACGAGACUUUGCGGAGCAUGACGCGUAAAAGAGAGUUGAAACGCAACUGUUUUGUCGCACGUUCCCCCCCACCUUUUCAGUGCAGCUAAUGGGUGCGGAGUCGCAAAUUUUUUUUCGCUUGUGUAUGUUUUUUGUGAGUGCAGAAAAGUAUCCAUUGACUGUUAGCAACUCUUAGAUAUUUCUGCUCUCUUCAGCACCUUGCAUAGUGGUUAUUUCUUUCCGUGCCUUCUGAGACUACCUUUUAGUGACGACACCUUUUUCCAAAACGACCUUUUCCCCUGCGUUCCUACGAGCAUUCCUUCCCGAGCCAAUUUUUUUUUCUUCUUUACGGCGCAAAUUAGAAUGCUUUCUUUUUGUAAUCUUUUCCUGCGUUCUUUUAAAUGUCGUCUCUCCGUUUCUCGUCGCCAUCGACCUGGUCGUGUCUCGUAGACUUCUUGGGCCAACCAGCGUCACUCGCAGAUGAGAACUUCGGGUUUUGAUACGAAAAGAAAGUUUGUCUAUAAUGUAAAGUUUUUUUGUUUUUUUCUGAUUUUGGUUUUUCUUCGGAAGGACAGUUGCCGUGUCGUCGGUGAACCACAUUUUUGGAACCAUGUCUUCUUUAUUUCUUCGAAAUUCAUGGAGUUUGUUUUCCUCGUGGGUGUCGUAACGUGCUUGGCCGUUGUGCGUGGAUCACAUGCACUCGUGGGAACUCUCGUUUGUGUGCACAUCAUGAAAAGUUUCACUCAUCGGUGAAUGUAGGGUUUGGGCGUGCCUGGUCUUUCGCGUAGAUAGUAUUACACGUGUCGCGAGAAUGUUGCCCUGUCACCCCCCCACUACCUUUUUUUUUUGUUUUUUUUAAAGGAUCUUUGUGCAUUUGUUUAAACCCACGACGAAUCUCUUUGUAAUUUAUCGGAACACUCGCUGUAUUAUGUUGAGAGGUCUCAGUGUCGAAACUUGUAUUGGUUAAAAUAAAUGACAUACAAUCUGUAA